AUGUCUAGCCUUCCCCACCGUUUUACCAUUACCGUUGACGGUAAGCACAUUGCCAAGCCUGAGCAGAAGAACGAGGAAAUGUUCCAAGCUCAAUCCGGUGAUGAGCCCGCCGUCUUUGAGAUCAAGGAUGGCCGCCUCGUCUGUGGCGAGUGGACUCUUGGUCGCUGGGUCGUAGAGAACAAGAGUUACCUCGCCAAGCCUGUCAUGUGGCGCAAGAACGAGGAGGCCUCGCAGGAAUUACAGCCUGUCGAGGUCAGAGUCGGUGCCACUGGCCCCGAGAUCACCUUUGGAGACUCUCCGGGUAUGGCUAUUCACGAUGGCAAGCUUGUUGCCCCUCACCAGCAAGAGGAGUGCCAGACCGUUGAGAUACGCGCCGAGGAUUAG